AUGCGCAGCAGCCCUCUGCUCUUCAGUAUCGCCUGGAUAGGACAGGCUGCCUGGGUUUUCUUUGCCCUGAUCCCCGUCGUCUUGGUCAAUGCGGUUCCCGGUCUGGUCCUGGCUGCUCAUGCAUCAGCUCCAAGUUCACUUGACAUCACCGCCUUGGCUCUCUACGCUGGCGGUCUGCUCCUCGAGACCAUCGCGGACCGACAAUUGUGGAGAUGGAUGCAGCGCAAAGCCAAGGGCGCUGAGGAGGGAAGGUGGUUGAUGACUGGCCUGAGGGCUUUCUGCCGCUACCCAAACUAUCUCGGUGAGAUCAUCGUUUGGACGGGUAUCGCCACAUUCGCCGUCAACAGUGUAGCCCUUGUUCCACAGGCGCGGUCUGCUCUUAGCUUAGACAUCUUAUCAGCUCUCGUGCUUUGCUACGCCAGCCCGGCGUUCGUUACGUUCCUCCUCAAAAACAUCACUGGUGUUGCGCUUACAGAGAAGAGACAACGCGAGAAGUUUGGGCACUUGCCUGAAUACCAGCAGUGGGUGGCUAGAACUGGAACCCUACUUCCUAAAUUUUAG